CACAGUCGUGCGUCGGCAGCCGCCGGAGAAGGACGGUGUGGGGCGUAUCGGGGCGCUGUGUUGUCGUUCGCACUGAAAAAGGUUAAAUGGUAAUCUAAACCAACCAUGUACAACCUGAAUGUGAACGUGAAUCCUAGUCCGACGGCUGCCGCGGGUCUUCUCGGUGUCGCGGCGGCCGAGGUCACACCAAGGACACCGGAAAUCGUAAACUCCCUAAUCGCCAUGACCAAUCCCUUCGAGGGUUACACGAACGAGAGGAGCAGGGACCGUACAGACUCGACUAGCAGCGGUGAGCCGAGCCCGCCGAGUGUUCAGCACACCUGUAGUCAGCUCAUUAAAGAAGGAUUGAAGUUGACGCUGCAGACAAAAAGGAGAGCCAACGGGACCGGGGAUGAUAUGAAGAAGAAGACAAAGAAGGAAGACGGAAGCGCAGACGACGAGGAAGAGGAGGAAACCAGCAACAACAACAACCGCGGUGGACUAACGCCAGAGGACGAGGAGAGACGCCGAAGAAGACGCGAGAGGAACAAGAUAGCCGCAACCAAGUGUCGGUUGAAGAAGCGCGAGAAGACGGUGACGUUGGUGCAGGAGUCGGAGAUCCUCGAAACGCAGAACCACGACUUGAAAUCACAGAUCCAGGAAUUAGAGACGCAGAGACGCAGGCUAGUGGACAUGUUGAAUCUCCAUGGGCCGACGUGCUUGAAGCAAGGCGGCACAGACAACUCGUACCAGCAGUUUGCAGAACCGUUGCAGUUGCCCAGUUACCAGGAGAACUUCGUUCAGCCGCCACCCGCACUGAACCAGCCUCAAAACUGCGUGACAGAAUACCCAGUGAAGGUGGAAGAGUACGAGAGCGACUUUUAUCGGCAAGAAAGUCCCUUCGUGCCGACCUCAGACGCUGGUUGCACGGUUUAGUAGCUUUAUCGACGUUUUAACAACGUUCACCACGCCAUUACGGAGAUUCGUUUUAUCGGUUGAAGAAGAUGACACAUGGCUCGGUUAAACAUCUGAAAUCCUUUGACGAUGAAAGAACAGUUGUAUGCAUUCCAAGAAGACGUAAGAAAGAAAUACUAUAUGUUGGUUGAUGGAAUACGUAGGAUUUAGCAAUUUUUGUACGAGUUUUUGAAAUUAUUCUGUCCUUUUGCGGCAUGGAAUAAGCUAUUAAUGAAAUUGUUAAAGUUACAAAAUUGAUUUUCAUCUAUAUAAUCGAUUAAGAAUUAUAAAAUUAUAAAAGAGAAGUCUGUCACUACAAUUUACCAUUUGUUAAUUCAUUAAUAUUGUUAGUUGGUAAAUUAUUGCAAGGGCCAUGAUUUCUUUUUCGGUAAAUCGAAUCUCUUGGAUCUCCGCGUCUCUGUUAAUCGCAAGUCUGUAGCUCGUAAGUUGAUUAUUGUAAUAACAGCGCGCUCCUGUCUCCUUCUUUCACUCUAUUUUUUCUUCUUUUUUUUUUAACACGUCCCUUUAUACUCGAAAUCGUUCGAUGUAGAACGCUUGAAGACAUUCCUUGAAAGUAACCCUUUCUUGAAAGUAAGUAACCGAUUCCUUGAACAUAAGUACUGUGACAUUCUAAGAUAUAAUUAAUGUAAUCGAUAAAUAUAAGAUAGAAACGGAUCGUUUUUGCGAUACGCGAUUCAUUAAUGUUGAAUAUAUAAAAAAAGAGACGAAGCUCUUGUAUUUAAUUUUUUUUUAUCAUAUUGUACGAAAUCUCUUUUUCUUUUUUGAAAAAGAAGCUUGCGAAUCAAAAGAUAAUGUAAUCAAAAAAAAAAAAAAAGAUCGAACAUUGCAAAGAUGCUCCGUUGUUUUAAGCAAAUGUCGAGAACUUCUUUUACAAACGGCAGUUCGCGUCAGGUGCCGUUAUUAUUUUUACGCGAUCGUUCCCUCUCGAUUCACCAGUGAGAACAGAAAAGUAUAAUUUGUAACUCAGCAUAUAAGUCUUCUGAUAUUGAUCACGACUAUUUUCACGUGCAUUGAGACGCGAUCGCGAAACGCGUUCUCAAAGGAUACUUAUAAUUAUACGAAUAAUCGGACAUGAUAUAUUUAAUAUUAUGAAAUGUGCAUAUUUUAUACAGAUUACCAUAUAUUAUUUUAUUUACACUCGCAGACACGCACAUGUCAAACACGUACGUGUCAUUAACAGUUAAUGAAAACACGAUGUAUACAUGACGAUUAAUGACAAUGACCGAACGACAUACCUCAAUUUCGUGGGUAGUUACCCUCCCCUCGGUGCGUUUGCAAUUGAAUAAAUUAAUUUUUUUUUACAUUGUAACUCUGGGUCUUGAAUUCUGUUUUUUUUUUUUUUUAAACAUGCGAAAGAUAUAAUAGCAACAAGAAGGAAUGCCAAAGAACCAUUAGAAAUAUCGAUCAGAGAAUAUUUUUUACUCUUUUUAAACAAGAUUAUCGAUGGAAAUGAAUUUGUAAACGCACUUUGGGUUACGCUUACGCGUUCUUACAAUUUACAGAAGCUAGUUUAAUACUUAGCCGAACGCUAUUUUUAAUAGUGAAACGCUUUUUCGAGUCCACGGACUAAAAAGAUGCUUUUCAUUCACUCGGAAUGUUACCGCCGAUUGAUUUAAAGAAGGAGGAGAUUUUUCUUGCACUUCGUAAAACGGAAGUGAGACAAAGUCUUCCUCUUGUUCUUCUUUCACGAGAUUAAAUAGCGUCCACGAGCAUUAAGAUUGAUCUUGUUUUCUUUUUUUUUUUUUAAACGCGCAGGACGAACACGUAACAGUCACACACGUGUGGUGCUACAUAUAUAUUAUAUAUAUAUAUAUUUGCUUUUUAUAUAAAUUUUAUUAAGUUGCCCGAAGAGAGUAUUUAAUAGUUUAAUACACAUGUUAAGCGUAUAUUAUCGAUGUCUAUUUACUAAUGCAGAGUUCUGAAAGUAAUAGUAUAUCAGAUAUAUUGAAACAGAGUUUAUAUUUAUAUACGAAUUUUUUUCUAUCGUUGACACAUUGAAAGAAAAGUUCGGAAAGAGUCGAAUUGAUUAUUAUUGACGUGUUAAAAAUGCACAACCGAUCUUAAAUAUGCAGACUGUUCAAAAAUGUUGCAUUUUUCAUUUCAAACAAAAAUUACUUGUCAAAUUAUCACGGACAAAAUUGAUGAUUUUUUUGAAAUAAAAUAUAAAGUGUAUUUUGAUAUAAUUACGUUUGCGCAUCCAAUAUAUACUGCCAUUAUUAAAAUCCCAGAUACAAUCGCUUAUAGUAUCUGGCUUAUAGGUUCGUUGUUUUCAUAGUAAAGUAUAUUAAAAAAACAAAGUCUUUCUAGAAGAUAAGCGCAGAAUAACUUUAAUAACAAAUAGCAAGCAGUAUAUAAGAUUUUAUUCAUCGUAACAAAAUCGUACUAUUGUCUUUUUAUUACUGAGUACCUGGCCAUGGUUUUCCAUGCGACAGCUAUUUUUCCUUAGGAGAAAUGUAUUGAAUUGAAACUAGAAAAAUGGCUGACAAAAUCUUAUCGUUGUAACCCCCAAGGGAAAAUUUUAUUCUUUAAAUAAAAGUGCCUUCAAUACUAA